AUGUCUGUUCCUGGAGUUCUCCCCCCAAGUCCACCCUCAACCUCCUCUCGAAGGAAACUGCGUCUUCCAAAAAGCUUGGUACAUUCUACCGACGCUCCGGACUCUCCAGCGUCCUUUGCUGGUUCCUCAAACACCAGGACACGGAAACGCGUCGAAUUCUCUCCUUGGACAAACGCCCACGAACCGCCGUCAUCGUCUAGCCAGCCCCCUUCCACUCUCCUACCAGUCAAGUCACUCCCUCCUUCUUCGGAAUGCCCGUCGUCCUUGAAAUCGAUCCUUAAACCCGUUGUGGCAGAGGACAAGAUGCCGCAACCAGUUGGUGGAAGGCAAGAUGUCGACCGCUCAAUUGGAGAGAUGAUGGGCAGUAUCAUCCAGCAACUCUCCCAGGAUGACAGGUCUAUUUCAGUGGACGCAUACCAGACGCUUGCCUCGGUCAUUAGGGAAUACGAUGAAAUACCGGAAGAGGCAGUCUUGAAGAACAAGAUCAACACAGUCCUCAAGUAUGUCAAACGAGAUCUAUUGAGACAAGUCAAGCCUGAUGAACCACAAAUCGCCGAUACAAAUGUCAUGACACAGGCGUUGAAGGUACUGGUGAUAUUUGUAUGGAGACGCGACUAUGCCUCUCUGCUGUCAGACGAGUAUCGCGCCUUCAUCCUCGAUCGGUCGAUUCAGGUCAUUACCGAGCAUACGGCGCCGAAAAGCGUGAUCAUCCACUAUCUCCACCUUCUGGCAACCCAAGAUUUCCGUCCAGGCCUGGUCACUUCCAAUAAUCGUAUUGGACGACUACUCGAAGCCUUGAAGGCUCUUACGGAAUAUGUCAAGGGCAAUGGGGCUGUAUCGGAGCGACUUUUGGUCUACCAAAAGCUAUUGGAUCAAGCAAAACCUGUGAUGAAAGCAAAGGCCAACCUCUGGGUCGAAGAACUGUUGACCGGCAUGACAAGCUCGUUGAAAGACAUCAGAACCAAAGCGAUGAUGUUGGGUAUGAAGUCAUGCUCUGCAUUCCCUGCCUCCUCAUCCAUCUCGACGGCAGUCAGAUCUGUCAUGGGAAGAGAGUUGGAACCUAACAAAACAUUCAACUCAGCUAUGUGUCGAAGACUCGAGAAGAUGAUCUCUUCCAAAGAGGAAGCACUCCAGGUUCCUCAAAUCUGGGCAAUCGUGCUCUUGCUGAGUAAUGGUGCUGAUACGCGGAUCGAGAAUUGGCCCGAGUUGAAAGAUCUAUUGAAGGUCAUUCAGAGAUGCUUCAACUGUAGCGAAUCUGCUAUCCGCCAACAAGCCAACAUGGCUUGGAAUCGGUUCGUUUACAUUGUCCGGCCACACGACACCUCGGAGACUUUGAUGGCAAUGCUUGCGAAGCCUCUCGCUGCCCAAUUAGAACGGCAGGGCACUGAGAAAACCGUGAAAGGCUCGAGACCGACGGCCGUCUCAAGUUAUUGUAACCUGUUAUACUACGCCUUUCGACCAGCAGCUUCGCAUAAGCAGUACACCCGGGUCUGGAACGAGUACGUCGUCAAAGUCAUGAAAAGUUCAUUUUUCGAGAAGAACAAUGCCAACUCCGACCUCUCUUGUCGUGUGUUUAUCGCGCUUUUGUGGAAUGCCAGUACAAGCACCAAAGUCUGGAAUGAGAAUCGUGCUCUUGAAAACACGCCAAUCGAACCAGAGGAGCUUCCCACGAUCGACUGUAAAUGGAUCAGAUCCAGAAGCGCCUCAAUUAUCGAUAUGUUUCGAGUCUUGCUCCGGUACAGCUCUUGGGGAGCUUCUGGCGAGUCGGAGAGAGCAUACAUUGCUGUCGCCUGGACGCAUUUUCUGAAGGCUCUGCGAGAGUCCAGCAGCAAGGAGAUCAAGCCAUCCUUGGAAACCAAGCAUGCUGUGACCGGGGUUGUCGACUUCCUCGGACAGCUAUGGACAGACUCUCGACAAGAAGUCAGUGGUCCUUAUGAUCACGACCACUCUGUCAGUAGCCCCCAGAAGCGACAAAUGACCCGGAUUGCCGUUCACGAGCUUGAUCAUAUGCUGAUCUUAACUGGAAUCGAGAAUGGCUCUGUUGCACCACGCAAAACUCCCAUCCUCAUGGCAAUCUUUGACUCUAUUGCUUCGGACUUGAAGCAGCUUGAGGAACCCAGUGACAUGCGCUCGCACCUGCCCACGUCGAGAAGUACACUUCCAACACUUCAGUCUCAAAGCGAGAAGUGUCUAGAACUACUCAACUCACUGGUAAUUCAAGACUUGAAAUCAGAAAUGGCCAUCAAUCCGGCUACUAUGGGCGAGAAUCUUGAGAUACUUCAGCAUGUACUCCAACAAACUGCCGAAAACCAUCGACUGGGGAGUCUCAAUUUGCUGAGCACGUCGCUGGCAAUUUUGUUGAAGGAUGAAUCACACAGGCUAGGUGGUCCGGAGUAUCACAAGUUCAGCAACACUGUGGUCAAGCUGCUAGCGGAGGUACCUUUCACAGCUGUGCAGCUGUUUGAUUCCCUCUUUGCAGCCCCUUUCGAGAGCUCUCAUGUCUGGGUGGUUAAGAACGCCGUCAAAAUGUGGUCGAAGCAAUUCAGUCAACACGUACAACUUACCCCGGGAACUUGUCUAUCCAAGGCUCUUCUCAAGCUUGAGAAUUUAGUUGACACUGGAGUUCCAGUUCGAGUACGGAUUGCAGAAGGUGCGACUGGCUUCGAUGAACCUCUACCAGCUCUCGAGGAAUCUACGACUCCCGUGUCAUCUAGGCAUGCAUCAAUGAGCCCAAAUGAUGACAAAGGGCCAGGUGAUGCCUCGCCACUGCUGGGCAGCCAGGUUGGCAGAUUUGUGGAUGCUGAAGCUACGGGGGACAUUGCUUCCAGUCCUGAAAGACCUUCCUCCAGACCCAGAUCGCGACAUAAUGAUUCUCAGAUUGACUUCGUGGCAAUCAACUCAUCACCGCCUUUGCAUGACGAGCCAGAAUCCCAAUACCUCACAGCACAUCAGAAGGAGGUUCGCGAACGGCAACGCUCAGAGCCCGCCGUGGUGUUCCCGGACCUAAGAUCGAGCCCGAGGCAGCCCGGCAAGUCACAAAGCCAAAGUGACUGCGAAUUUGCCCGGAAAGCCGCUGCGCUGGCGGAAAGACCAUCAACACCUACUUUGCCAACGCAUCAAGAUCAAGGAGAGCCGGAGAUAAUGGCAUCCCCGACCCCUCGUGCUCGACAGUUCACUCAACAAAUUACGGAUCUAGAAGUUCCUUCAUCACCACCUUCAAUGUUAGAUAACCAGGGCAAAGAGGCUGGUAAACUAGAGCUUUCAUCUCCGCUUCAGAAGCCUGCAGAUGAUGCUGAAAUUGGGAUUGACCUUGCAAUUCCACAGCCUGAUGACCCAUCAGUGGAGCCCAUGGCGGAAGAAAUAGAAGAAGAAGGCCACAUGGCCGUGGAUCACGCAGAAAAUGCCACCAAGUUGCGGUUGAUUGCUGUAGCCGAAGAUGAAGUGGAAUCUCAGAAAGACAGGCGCCGAGACCGUCGUCGGACUGCAAGACCUGUGGAUGCACCACCGAAGACUCAACCAGCAGAUUUUGCCCCAUCUACUGUGCCGGAAACCAUGUUGACAAGCGAUGAGAAUGGCCAGGAGCACAGCCAAAGCCAUAUUGGGGACCACAACACCGAUAGUGACGAAAUCGAUAUGCUUAGCGCCUCGCAGUUAUCUCAGGACCUCGACCGACAUCUAAGUCAGACUGUGGAUGAUAUUGCCAUCCAAAUUGCAGGGGAAGCUUCUGGCGUGCAGCCCUCAAACCACGAAGGCGAUCGCCAGCUCUCCAAACCGGACUCCCGGCAUCUGCGCAAACGGAAGUCGAGCAAUUUGACGGCACCGUCGAGCAAGAGAAGAAGGUCAAAGGCAUUGUCACAGUUAUCUUCCGCUUCAUUCGAGUCGCAGAUGUCCUCUAUGAAUGGUAGUCAGACAGGUGAGAUUUUUGACACUAUCGAAGUGAUGGCAAUUCAGCCAGUGGCUGCUUGCAAUUUCGCGGAAGAGACACGAUCGGCUCCAAGUAAGGCAGAACAACCUCCCAAGCGUCGCCGCGGCAAACGCCGAAGUGCUCGGAAUCGGUCACAAGAGCAUGCAAAGCCAGCAGUCGAGGUUGUUGUGAGCACCCGUCGUCCUGAGGCGGCUUGCUCAAUUGACGCGACAGCUGUUCAGAGUCAGGAGGUUGAUGCCGGUUUGCGAGUACAACAAAUCAUGCCCUGUGACAGUCCUGUUGUCGCUGUGGAACAGGCGCCAGCGCCCAAGGCUGUAAUGGCCAUGGAAGAGGGGCGCACAGUUGCUGAGGCUUCUGCUCAAGUGGAGACGGGUGAAGGAAGUUGUGAAGCUGACAUCGUCUCGUCCUUACAAGCGAUCCUCGAUCGCCUCAAAGCGACAAGACCGGAAAAACUGGACUUGCGGGCCCUGGAUGAUCUGUGUUUUCAGAUUCGAUUCCAAGCCCAAGUGGUUACUCAACGUCAGAUUCAAUGA